UAAAGGGAGGCCCUAAUCACCCACCCCUGCCUGCAGUGUCCAGCAUUUUGUUGCACAGUCCUGAGUGCUUGUAGAAAUGGCCCCCAAGAAGAAGGAAGAGCCAAAGCCUGCUGCACCAGCGGCCCCUAAGCCCCAAGAACCGGAGCGCCCAAAGACUCCUGAAUUUGACCCAGCAACAGUAACGCUGGAAUUUACACCAGAACAACUUGAGGACUUCAAAGAUGCUUUCCAGCUGUUUGACCGAACACCAACCAGUGAGAUGAAAAUAACUUACGCGCAGUGUGGUGACCUGAUCAGGGCUUUGGGCCAGAAUCCCACCAAUGUGGAGAUCAUGUAUGUCCUUGGAAAGCCCAAAGCUGAAGAUAUGCAGACCAAGAUGCUUGACUUUGACCAGUUCCUUCCAAUUUACCAACACAUCUGCAAAGCCAAGGACCGUGGAACGUUUGAAGACUUUGUUGAGGGUUUGAGGGUGUUUGACAAGGAGGGAAAUGGUACAGUGAUGGGCGCUGAGCUCAGACACGUGCUGGCAACCCUUGGUGAGAAGAUGAGGGAGGAUGAAGUGGAGCAGCUGAUGCAAAACCAAGAAGAUGCUAAUGGCUGUAUAAAUUAUGAAGCUUUCGUAAAGUACAUCAUGGCAUCAUAAAAUAGCCCUUUGAGCCUUAAUGUGAUUUUGGUGCUACAUCUGAAGAUACAUAAAAAGCCAAUUGGAAUAAGAAAAAAAGUCAUUUUCUUCACUGCUAAGCAAGGAUUUUGUCAAAGGAAUCUACAUGUCUGUCAAAUCCACUUUGAACAAUUUUCAUUUGCAUGUGUUAUGAAAGACAAAUUCAUAAAUGCUUUAUCUCAUUUUCUAAGUCUCAUCAGGCUGAUGUGGUGCCUCUCUGUACAUUUGUCAGAUCAUGGUGCAUAAAUAUAUUUGUUUCAUUGUGUUAUGUGUUUCAGAAGAAUCCUUUGCAGCUUUUUGCACUGUUUUGACAGGACAGGCUAUUGCUUUUAAAAAUGAGAAAUAUUAAAAGAUUACCCAAAAAACUGCUUAUAUGUUAGGAUUUCUUAAGUGUCACAGGGAAAUUAAUUAUCCUAAAAUUAGUUAAUUAAUGAAUGCCUGUACACAAAGUAAAAAUUACAAAUAGAAAUGUUCUUAGCAAAUCUGGUAUUACAUUAAAAAAUAUCAUCAUCA